UUAUAGAAAAACCCUAGUCUUAAACCCUUCGGUUCUCGUCUCCUUUGCAUUUUGAAGAAACACUUCAUUUAUUUAGCUGGUUCUUCAUCUCUGCUUGUUGAACUAUGAAGAGCAAGAAUGAGAAGAAGCGGGGGACGUCGGCCACAAAAGGAGGCCUAAAGGAGAAGAAAUUUUCGCUGAAAAAUGAUCCCUUUUUCGAGACGGAGAGUAAGAAGCGGCGGAAAAUGGACUACGAGGAUGAUAACAUUGAGUCAGGGGAUUCUGAAGAGGAGGCGGAGAUUCUGGGGGCUUCUGACGGAAACGGCGGAGAGGAUGAGGAUGAGAAUGAGAUUGAGGAGACUCCUGGUGAGAUUCGGAAAAGAGUGGCGACGGAGCUUUUGGGUAAGAUGAGGGCAAUAGCAAGGAAGGAGAAAGAGGGCAGGGAUGGGGACGAGGAAGUGGAAGAAGAAGAGGCUAGGGAUUCGCUUGUGGCCAAGAUUUUGCAGCAGGAACAGCUUGAGGAGAGUGGCAGGAUUAAGAGAGUCGUUGCUUCCAGGCUUAAAAAGCCAGAAACUGCUGAUGGAUUUAGAGUCAUGGUGAAGCAUCGACACACUGUUACUGCUGUAGCUCUAUCUGAUGAUGACUUGAAGGGCUUCUCAGCGUCCAAAGACGGUACUAUUUUACAGUGGGAUGUAGAAAGUGGGAAGACAGAAAGGUACCAAUGGCCUAGUGAAGAUAUUCUUAAAAGUCACGGGGCCAAGGAUCCAAGGGGUCGCCUUAAAAAGCAUAGUAAAAGUGUAUUAGCCUUGGCUGUUAGUUCAGAUGGCCGGUAUUUGGCUAGUGGAGGCUUAGACCGCCAUGUUCAUCUAUGGGAUAUUCGUACAAGAGAGCAUUUACAGGCAUUCUCAGGUCAUCAAAAGCCUGUGUCAUGUUUAAGUUUUAGGCAAGGUACCACAGAUCUUUUUUCUGGAUCGUUUGAUCGAACAAUCAAGUAUUGGAACAUGGAAGACCGAGCUUACAUUGACACAAUAUGUGGUCAUGAAAGUGAAGUGUUGACCCUUGAUUGCCUAAGGAAAGAACGAGUAUUGACAGUUGGCCGUGAUCGAUGUAUGAUGUUGUUUAAGGUUCUUGACCAGUCUCGAUUGGUUUUUCGUCCUCCACCAACAUCUUUGGAGUGCUGCUGCUUUAUUAACAAUGAUGAAUUCUUAUCUGGCUCGGACGAUGGGAGUAUUCAACUUUGGAACGUAUUAAGAAAGAAACCUGUAUACAUUGUGAAGAAUGCUCAUGCUCUGCUGCCUGCUGGCCAAAAUGUUGAACAAAAAGAAAAUGGUGAUCAUAAAAUUGAGGGCUAUAAUUUUUCAUCAACAUAUUCAUGGGUUAGUUCAAUCAGUGUAUGUCGAGGCAGUGACCUUGCUGCAUCAGGAGCUGGUAAUGGUUGUGUUCGAUUAUGGGCCAUUGAGACUGGCAGAAAAGACAUCCAGCCUUUAUAUGACGUUCCAUUGAUGGGAUUUGUUAAUUCCCUGGCUUUUGCGAAAUCUGGACAGUUCCUAGUUGCGGGAGUUGGGCAGGAACCCCGACUUGGAAGAUGGGGACGCCUUCCAACUGCUCGGAAUGGAGUUGCAAUUCAGCCCUUGAAGCUCUUGUAAGGCUGGACAAGGAUUUGCUUGCACCUCUAACCUCUUCAGUUUUGACUACUAUUGGCCCAACCAAUCAGAGUAAACAUACCAGUGUACCUUACAAUUUAGUUUUUUUUGUAAUUUUUUGACCAUCAUAUUAUUAUCAGUUUAUGAGUUAUCUUUGUAUCAAACUUGAUGGCCCCUUGCAACAAUCCACGACCAGUAACAACUUUUUCUA